AUGACUUUGGAGUCCAUGAUGGCGUGCUGCCUGAGCGAGGAAGCCAAGGAAGCCCGGCGGAUCAACGACGAGAUCGAGCGGCAGCUGCGCCGGGACAAGCGGGACGCCCGUCGGGAACUGAAGCUGCUGCUGCUGGGCACAGGAGAGAGUGGCAAAAGCACAUUCAUCAAACAGAUGAGAAUUAUUCAUGGAUCAGGUUACUCUGAUGAAGACAAAAGGGGCUUUACGAAAUUGGUGUACCAGAAUAUAUUUACAGCAAUGCAGGCCAUGAUCAGAGCCAUGGAUACCCUCAAAAUCCCAUAUAAGUACGACCAUAAUAAGGCUCAUGCACAGUUAGUUCGAGAAGUCGAUGUAGAGAAGGUGUCAACUUUUGAGAACCCCUAUGUAGAUGCACUGAGAAGUUUAUGGAAUGACCCUGGAAUCCAGGAAUGUUAUGAUAGACGACGAGAAUAUCAGUUAUCAGAUUCAACAAAAUAUUACCUUAACGACUUGGACCGCAUAGCAGAUUCAGCCUAUCUGCCAACUCAGCAAGAUGUGCUUAGAGUUCGAGUCCCAACAACAGGGAUCAUUGAAUACCCAUUUGACUUACAAAGCGUCAUUUUCAGAAUGGUGGAUGUAGGAGGCCAACGAUCGGAAAGAAGAAAAUGGAUACAUUGCUUUGAAAAUGUCACAUCUAUCAUGUUUCUAGUAGCUCUUAGUGAAUAUGAUCAAGUGCUUGUGGAGUCCGACAAUGAGAAUCGAAUGGAAGAGAGCAAAGCACUCUUUAGGACAAUUAUCACAUAUCCAUGGUUCCAGAAUUCUUCGGUCAUUCUGUUCUUAAAUAAAAAAGAUCUUUUAGAGGAGAAAAUUAUGUACUCCCAUUUAGUUGAUUAUUUCCCAGAGUAUGAUGGACCACAACGGGAUGCACAAGCAGCACGAGAGUUCAUCUUGAAGAUGUUUGUAGACCUGAAUCCAGAUAGUGACAAAAUUAUCUACUCCCACUUCACUUGUGCUACAGACACAGAGAAUAUACGCUUUGUCUUUGCUGCUGUCAAGGACACAAUUCUACAAUUAAACCUGAAGGAAUACAACUUGGUCUAA